GACCGCCCCUGCAUUGUUUACAUUGUAACCAAGUCGUGCAAUUGACGAAAUUUAUUCGUGUAAAAGCGAAUAAUUAAGCGAAAAAAGAGUGAACUUGGAAGGAAAAUGAAGGUAGAUAUGUAUUGAUAUGAAGAUGUAAUUCUAAGACCGAGGAGUUGAUGGGAUCUGCCGUGUGCGGACACUCUAAAGUGACCGCUGUCCAGACCCUUGACAACAAGCCGCACAAGCUGACUGACCACACUACUGACCCAUAUAUUGGGCAUAAAACUGACCAGGAAAACAAUACCUUGGCUGACCAAAAUACUCAUUCACAGGAAGACUGCAAAACUGGAGAGGAGGUUGAAAAUAACAUUGCGCAACACUUUGACCAUCAAAGCGAGCAGAAAAGUGACCAGCAGUUAAGUGAGACUGAGUAUCAAAGAGGUGGUGAAAGAACUGUUUUUGAAUCAACUGAUCAAGGUCUAGACAUGUUUGCUUCAGGGAAAAUCAAAAAUCACACAACUGUUGAAGAGAAAGAGCAGGGUGUUGAAGGAAUUCUAGAAGGAGACACACUCAAGGCUGAUGAAAUGGAGGAUGAGAACUCCAAGCCUAAAGAAAGGGAGGUUGAUAGAACUAAGAAUGAGGUCGAAUCAGAUGUUAGUGAUGAUGGUGAUGAUGAUGGUGAUGAUGAUGAUGGCGAUGCAGAGGAGGGGGAGGGAGACGGUAAAAAGAAGAAAAAGAAAAAGCUAAAGCUGACUGCUGAGGAACUCAAAGAAUUAAAGGAUAGAACAUAUGGUUUCUUGAGGAAAACUGUCGAAGAAGUUAUGGAAAUUGAAGAAAGGGUUAAUGAAGACGGGUACUUUGCCAUGAAAAUACGAAAUGCGUUUUUGAGAUGUAAUCAGUCAUAUUUUAGCUGUAAACGGACUACCCUUGAAGAUAGGGUGCAGUAUAGACUCGAAAUUGCGGAUAUAUUAAUAGAAACAAAGUUCUACGAAAUAUGCUGUGAAACUUUGAUUAAAACCUACCCAAAAGGAUGGAAUGAUGCGGAAGGAAAAUCUGACACCAAGAAGUACGCGCCCCUCGUCAACGGGAUGUUAUCCUUGUGUAAUUUCACAGACCAGUCGGAGCCCCUGCGAAUGGCCGUUGCGGAUUACCCAGCGUUUCUUGAGACGCUAAAACAAGCCCUGGAGGAUUAUGCUCCCAGACACAAGCUUGAACAAGAACCACCACUAUCUGUGAGUUUGCAUUGCUUUUAUACUUUUUAUAGACACACAUAA